AUGUGUCUCCUUAUUGUAGAGGAGCCAAGUGCUGUGGUGUUCUCCGCAGCUGAUCUUUCGCAGAGCAAGGAAUGCCCCAAAGGAUAUUACUGUCCCGCUGGAACUGCGAAGGCAAUCCCCUGUCCAGGAGGAACGUACAAUCCUUUGCUGCGCCGCACGGACGUCUCGGACUGCAUGAUAUCCAAGGCGGGGACAUAUGCCGAAGAAGCCACAACAUCUGAAGCAGGCACUGGCUCCUGCGCAAAGGGGCACUUUUGUCCUCCGGGAUCAUCCAAGGCUGAUCAGGUCGCCUGCCCGGCUCAAACAUACAACCCAAGUCCAGGGGGAGGGUCCGCGAACGACUGCAAGCCCUGUCCCGCUGGAAAGUAUUGUGGCACUGGGGUGUCUGAACCGGAUGAUUGCCCAGAGGGGCAUUACUGCCCCGUGGGGUCGUCUGACCCGAGACCCUGCCCGGUAGGGACGAUCAGGAAGACAACAGGAGCGCAGUCUGAGCAAGACUGUGACCCUUGUCCUGCUGGCCAUUACUGUGAAACCCCGGGACUUUCUGACCCAACAGGGGAAUGUGAAGCUGGCACAUUGUGCCUGGAAAGAGCCACAAACCCGGCUCCUCGAGACGGCCUCACAGCGCUGAUGGGCACUCCCCUUACAUUAGGCAUCAAAUGUCCCCAUCGCUCCGGCGCUCCGCUUUCAGGAGUUGUCUGCCCCUCUCUCGGCUACUGCGAAGAAGGCGCCACGGCACUUCAAGCUUGUCCCAACGGCGAAUUCAAUCCAUACGAAGGCGGCACAUCCAGUAACGACUGUCGAAAGUGUUUUGCCGGGGCUUACUGCACAGUUGUCGACAACAAGCCUGUCGUUGGGCCUUGCGCUGGAGGGUACUCCUGUCCAGAAGGCUCUAGCACCGCGAAGGCUGUAAUUGCCCCAAAAGGAACGUAUGCCCCCGUGGGCAGCGCCCUUCCUAAGUACUGCAAGCCGGGAACGCAUGCUGAAACAGAAGGGUUAACAGAAUGCCUCCCGUGUCCCGCUGGGUACUAUUGCGACCAAGCGGGUAUGGGCGAGACCAACUUGAUACGGAAGGAUUGCAGAACGGGUAUGUACUGUGAAGAAGGCUCAGUAUUCCACAAAAAUUGUCCUGCGGGUACUUACAACCCCGACAAACUUGGACAGAGCAUCGACGCCUGCCUACCGUGCCCGGCGGGACAAUAUUGCCAAACGGAAGAGCUGAGCGCACCCACAGGAGACUGCGCUGCCGGCUACUACUGUGCAACGAGAAGCACAAGCAUCGCACCCCUUGAAAUGGAUUCCUUCGGGAAUGGGCCUUGCCCAACAGGUCACUACUGCCCUGAGGGGACACCAGAGCCCGUUGCCUGCCCUGGAACCUACCAAGAUAUGCCAGGCAGCACAUUCUGUAACGUGUGUCCUGGGGGCUACUACUGCCCACUUGGGGCCGAAGUUAGUUUUGAUGCACAAUACAUCUGUCCAAAGGGAUCUUUUUGCCCUAGAGGAUCCAAGCAUGGAAAGGAAUACCUCUGUCCUCCAGGUUUUUACAACCCAUCACAGGGCAUUUCGUCUGUACUCAGCUGUUUGCCUUGCCCUCCUGGGAAAUACUGCAGAACUGCAGGCCUGGCUGCGGAAAGCGGAGACUGUGCAGCGGGUUUCUAUUGCGCCGGCGGAGCCCGUUAUCCUAAUGAAGUGAUCGACGAAUGUGUGUUCGAGUCGGGCGUUCUGGGGAAGGGAACUGGAACAUGCACGUCAAGGGAAGAUCCGUUUUCUUCAAAAGAGGAAGCCGAAGAGUUCUGUAAGAAGUCAGAUGAAUGCGUUGGGAUCGAAGAGAAGGAGGAGUUGUUCUACGUCAGAUGCGGGGCCGUGGAGGCUCCAGACGAAGGCGUUACAAGCAUAUUCUAUCCAAAGCUCUGCAUCGAGGCAGGUCUCUGCCCAAUCGGAUAUAUCUGCCCAGCAGGGACGGGCUCAACGGAACCUUCGAAGGCUGCAAAUGCAUGCCCUCCCGGGUAUUACUGUCCAGAAGGGGAGCGUGGGAAGCUGAUCAGUGCCAAGACUGUCCGCCUGGCCAGUUCUGCGCACUCCCUGGUCUUUCAGCUCCUUCAGGAUACUGCACUGCUGGCUUCUACUGUGGUAAAGGGAGCUCAACUCCUGUCGAUGCCUCAAAAAUUUGUCCAGAAGGGCACUACUGCCCCGAAGGAAGUGCAGAAGCCCUUCCUUGCAGCAGCGGCACAUAUCAGCCGCAGGAAGGUGCAACGUCGUGCAUCAUGUGUCCAGAAGGGUCAUUCUGCGCAGCUGGAUCGGAAGAGCCUGAGCCCUGCCCAGAAGGGUUCUAUUGCCCGGCUGGCACCCAACAUCAGUACCAGUACCCAUGUCCACAAGGGACAUUUGGUAGCAUUACGGGUGCAACGUCUGUAG